CUUGCUAAAAUGUAUUUUUUGAAGAUGCUGCAGCUGCGCUCUAGUUUCUGGCUAGUUACAGUUCAGAAUGGCCACAGCAAACCAGGCUGCAAAGGCUCUGAAUGAUUUAAGCCACCUCUUCUGCGAAGAAGAUAACCAAGCCUACGAGGAAGUACUGGAAGAUUACUUCCUCAACGAUUAUGACGGCCUGGAUGAUGAAGACUUCGAUAGAGAGAACUUCACUGAGUAUGAUGAGCUUGAAUCUUUAACAAGCCAGAAUGAUGAACCGAGCGACCCAGAGGACAGCGAUGGAGAGGCUCCACCUGCAGGGCAACAGAUUGCCCACGCUCUUGCACGAUUGCCACCACAGAAUCCAACGAACACAACAGGGUGUGACAUGGGUAUUCUCGACCAGACAGAGCACGACAGAAUACAAACGUUUUUAGACGGGGGUUGUGGGUGUUCGGGACACAACAGUAUUGUUUGCUCUGAGCGCUUCUCUCCCAACGACGUCCUUGAAUUUAGGAGUGACUGCAGCGAGAUGACAAGGGCGGAAUUGGACUUGGUCAUUCUUGGCAAACUCAGUGCAAGCAUGAGUGUGAUUGGCGGCUUGGUGGGCAGACUUCACAAACACCUAGACACACCAAGGAUACGAGGUCACAUUGCGUAUGCUCAUCAAGGGUGGCCAAUAGGGUGGCCAAUAUGUUCUUCAAUGUUCCGUUUCCUGCACACAGUUGGUGAAAAGAGGAUGAAGAACCUGGUCAAGUCCCUAAAGACAAAUGGGCUUGUUCCUAGGGUACAUGGUAACAAACACCGCCUACCAAAGAAUACCCUAUCCCACGAGGACAUUAAGGAAAUUGUGACAUUUCUCACCAAUUACACCGAGAUGCACGGUCUCCUUCUGCCAGGACGCGUUCCGGGAUACAGCGGCACUGACAUCAAGCUGCUACCAUCAAGCUUGUCGAAGCGAGGCAUUUGGAAACAGUACCAGAGUAUGGCAACAGGAGGAAGGGUGUCAGCAUACACAACAUUCUGCAGGUACUGGCAGACUCUCCUUCCUGCAGUUGUGGUGAUGAAACCCAUGUCCGACCUGUGCUGGACGUGCCAGCAACACAGCGCUGGAAUCAAGAGAGCCACAAACAGUGACAUAGAGAAGUCGUCAGCACUACAGGAGUACCUGGAUCACUUGCAUGUAGUUACUCUGGAGAGGUCACUCUACACCAAGCAGCUUCAACAAUGUAAGGAGUCUGUGAAGAAGCAUUACUCAGUUGACGGUAUUCUUACUGCUCCUCCACUGAACUGCUGUGUUCCUCCUAACUCUGUGGAUAUUGAGGCACACUACUCAUUUGAUUUUGCACAGCAGGUCCACUACCCGUCUAACCCUCUCCAACCUGGUCCAGUGUUUUUCCUGACCCCAAGGAAGUGUGCCCUUUUUGGUCUCCAGAACGAGGCGUUUCCACGCCAGGUGUUUUUCUUAAUUGACGAGUCUGGAGAUUGUGGGAAGGGGGCAAACACGGUGAUAAGUCUACUCCACUACUACUACUUUGAACACCAUGGUCUAGGUGAGAAGACAGUGUACCUCCAUGCUGACAACUGUGUCGGAAAGAACAAAAACAACUAUGUUCUAUCGUACCUUCUUUGGAGAGUGAUGACUGGCAGACACACACAGAUAACACUCAGCUUUUUAGUGGUCGGACACACAAAGUUCGCUCCUGACUGGAGUUUCGGACUUUUUUUAAGAGGCUAUAUAGGAGGACUGACAUUGGCUGUCUCCAAGACAUCGUAGAUGUUGUCAACAAGUCUGGCAGAUGCAACACAGCCCAGCUGGUAGCAGAUCAGGAUGGGGGGACCAUUGUACCAACCUACGACUGGAUUGGCUUCUUGGUUCCUCACUUCAGGAAACUGAUCGGGAUCAAGAAGGGCCACCACUUCAGAGUACACAGCUCA